AACUUGUUCCGCUGAGUUCAACCCCAGACAGGCUCGCAACUUCCUUCCUGCUUUCCGACCCCCUCCCUCCCUCUUUCUCUCCCUCCUCCUUCUCCUGCACAUUCAACAAACACAGGCUAGAGGAGGAGGAGGAGGAGGAGGAGGAGGAGGCGGCAGCAGCGGAAAAGGAGCAUUCAAACAAGACCAGCCCUGCGGAGACAGCCAGCAAGAAGGACUGCCCUCUGCCUGGAACGGGCAGCAAACUUCUCGUGGACCAAAGGGGUGUGUGAAGAGGAUCAGCCUGGAUCUGGAGCCUUCCUUCCUUCCCGUGCGUCUUGCGCCGCAUUUGUUCCUGGAGAGAUGUGACCCCGCACUGCUGCUGCUGCUGCUGCUUCUGGCGCAGUGUUUUAUGGAGCAGCGGGACGGAGGGCCUUGGUGCGCCUCUCUGCUUGCGGGCGAUGCUGCCUCGGAGUUGAUCGGAGAGAAGGAGGAGAAGGAGGAAGGAGGCGAGGGAAGCGAGGACGGAGCGGAACCUGCGCCCGGGCGGCCGGAGCCCCGACUAUGGCCGUGUCCUGCUACGCUCUCAACACUUUGGUGAUCAUGAAGAGCGGCGAGGAAGAGGAGGACGGGCGCAGCAAGAAGGCGGCGGCGGUGGUGGCGGCGGCGGGGCCCAGCGCGUACUCCCCGCUCAGCAGCAGCAGCACCGGCAGCAGCAGCACGGUCUCGCCCUCCGCCUUCCUCUUCCCCGCGGUGCCCGGCGAGGAGGAGGAGGAGGAGCAGGGGGAGAAGCCCUCGCCGCGGCGCCUGAGCAGCCCCCGCUGGGCCGCCCCGCACAGCCGCUCGCCCUCGCCCUCCCUGCCGCGGGAGCUGCAGCACGUGCAGGUCACGCAGAAAGUGGGGCUCUUCGAGGCGCACAUCCAGGCGCAGAGCUCGGCCGGGGCGCCCUUCGUGCUCAGGAGCCCCCGCCCGGAGAGGAGGAGGGCGAGGAGGGGGACGCCCAGCCCCCCCGCCCCAAAGAAGGACCAGGAGGAGGCCAAGAGCCCUGCCUUGAGGGUCUUCAGCGCGGACCAGGGAGGCCAAGCCCAAGCCAGGUCUCCAAGAGGGCCCAGAGACUUGGAGGGCGCCCAGAGGGGCCAGGCGGUGUCUGUCUUGAGGGUGGGCAUCCGGGCCCAGGAAGUGAAGUCCCCUGGAGAGCAACAGGGCGCCCAGAGGGUCCAAAGGACUCAGGCCGCAGCAGACGCGAGGCUUGUUGGUGAGAUCCAGGCAGGAGAAGGCGAAGCAAGGUCUCCCGGGGGGUCUAGGAGGUUAGAGGGUGCCCAGAGGAUCCAUGGGGCUCAAACACCACAGCCAGUGAGGGUCAGCACCAAAGACCAGGCAGGUGAAGGUGAGGUGAGGUCUCUGGAAGCCCAGAAAGCACCUACAUUGAGCUUCAACUCUGGGGUCCAGGCAGGGGAAGACAAGGUGAGGUUUUCAGGGCAACCCAGGGAGCCAGAGGGAGCCCAGAGGAUCCAUGUAGCACCUGCAAUAAGAAUCAGCACUGAGGACCAAGGAGGUGAAGGCAAGAUAAGGUUGUCAAGGGAAUUCAGAGAACUGGAGGAAACCCAGAGGACCCAAGUAGUGAGAGUGAGCACCAAGGACCAGGCAGAAGAAGGCAAAGCAAGGUCUGGAGAAUUCAGAGAAUCCAACAGCGCCCAAGAAACUCACAUAGCGCCUACAUUGAAGGUCUGCACUGGGAUCCAGGCACGUAAAGGUGGGGUGAGGUGUCUAGGCGUGCGACAGGGAGCCCAGGAGGAGCAGAGAGUGCCUGCGUUGAUGGUUGACACUGGGAUCCAGGCAGGGGAAGACAAGGUGAGGUUUUCAGGGCACCCCAGGGAGCUGGAGGGAGCCCAUGUAGCACCUGCAAUAAGGCUCAGCACAGGGGACCAAGGAGGUGAAGACAAGAUGAGGUUGUCAAAGGAGACUAGAAAGCUGGAGGGAGCCCAGAGGAUCCAAGGAGCUAACAGUAUGCCAGUGGUGAGGGUCAGCACCAGGGACCAGGCAGGUGAAGUUGAAGCAAGGUCUCCUGGGGAGUCUAGAGAGCCCGACAGUGCCCAGGGAACUCUCAUAGUAUCUACUGGCAUCCAGGCAGGUAAAGGUGAGAUGAGGUCUCUUGCAGAAUCCAAAGAGUUGGAUAGUACCCAGAGGGUCCUGGGGGCUCACACGUUGCAGUUGGUGGGGGUCCAGGCAGGGAAAUGUGAGGCAGGGAGGUCUAGAGAGCAAGAAGGAGCCCAGAGGGUCCUGGGGACUCAGGAAGUGUCUAUGUUGAGGUUCGGCACUGGGAUCCAGGCAAGUGAGGAGGUGGCGGCACGUCUUCCAGGAGGGUCGUGCAAAGCUUUGAGCUGCUUGGGUGGCGAGGAAGGGAGGCGCGGCUUUGGCGAAGGGCAGGGCUCCAGUGCCGCUGAAGAGCCCCUUGGAGGCCUGCCUCGCCUCUCCAGGACUGAGGGCACCAGCUGCCCACUCGUUUUGGUGAAGAAACAGCAGCAGCAGGAGACGGCACCGCUUGAGCAGCGCUCUGAACUACCCAUGGCUGAAGCCAACGGAGCCAGCCCUGGAGACCCGCUCAGGAUGUUGUCAGGAGUGGAGGAGCAGGGGGAUCUUCAGCUGGAAGGGGAGAAGUGCUGUGGAGGCGGCAGUGGCAGCAUCCCAGCUGUCAUUGUGACUGACUUGGGUGCUCAGGAGGAGGAAGAGACUGGAGGAACUCCUCAAAGGACCAACCCUGGUAGGAAACUGUCAUCUUCCUCGGCUUCCUCUACUGGCUUCUCCUCUUCCUGGGAAGAAUCAGAGGAAGACAUCUCUAGUGACCCGGAGCGCUCCUUGGAUCAGAAUCCAGCCUUCCUACAGACCUUAGAGAAGCCCAGAGUGAGCAAGUCAUGGCGAAAGAUCAAGAAUAUGGUGCACUGGUCUCCCUUUGUUAUGUCCUUCAAGAAGAAAUAUCCUUGGAUCCAACUAGCAGGACACGCAGGUAGCUUCAAAGCUGCAGCUAAUGGGAGGAUACUGAAAAAGCAUUGUGAGUCCGAACAGCGCUGCUUGGACCGCUUGAUGAAUGAUGUUCUCAAGCCUUACGUUCCAGCUUACCAUGGAGAUAUAGUGAAAGAUGGGGAACGCUACAAUCAGAUGGAAGAUCUCCUGGCUGAUUUUGACUCUCCUUGUGUCAUGGACUGCAAGAUGGGGGUCAGAACCUACUUGGAGGAAGAAUUAACAAAGGCAAGAAAGAAGCCAAGUCUGCGAAAGGACAUGUACCAGAAAAUGAUUGAAGUAGAUCCUGAUGCUCCUACUGAGGAGGAAAACUCUCAUCGUGCGGUAACCAAGCCCCGAUACAUGCAGUGGAGGGAGACCAUCAGUUCUACAGCUACCCUGGGGUUCAGAAUUGAGGGAAUAAAGAAGGAAGAUGGCACUGUGAACAGGGAUUUCAAGAAGACAAGAACAAAGGAACAAGUCAUGGAGGCCUUUAGAGAAUUUACUAAAGGAAACUUUAACAUUCUGAACAGUUACCUUAAUCGUCUGAAGAGCAUCCGUGACACAUUGGUUACAUCACCAUUCUUCGGGAGUCAUGAGGUAAUUGGGAGUUCCCUUCUCUUCAUUCAUGACAAGAAAGAACAAGCCAAGGUCUGGAUGAUUGAUUUUGGGAAAACAACGCCGCUUCCAGAGGGACAGGUCCUCCAGCACAACGUGCCCUGGGUAGAAGGCAACAGAGAGGACGGCUACCUCUGGGGGAUGGAUAACCUCAUUGAAAUCCUAUUUGAAUUGUCUCAGAGUGAAGACCUGCGUUAAAGCCAAAUGUCCAGCUCUGCCACUACCUGGAAGCCAGCCGCUCCAACUGACUCUUCUGAACUGCACUACAAGACACUUUCCUCCCAUCCACCCUCUUCAUUCCUGGAUUUAAAACUUUAGAAACUUGUUUUAUUUAAAGUGUAAAUAUGCAGUUAUGUGCCAGAACAAAUGCAGAACAUGAAACUCAGUGUAGGCAAUGGAAGUGAAUAGCAGUACAAAGCUUUUAAGUGUUAGUAGUUAAAGAAUUCUGCAAAUGGCUACCACAAUGAAAGACUUUCAUCACUUCCCCCUUAAUCAGGUAUUUAGCUCUUAUAUCUUAUCUGUGUCAACAUUUAAUGUUAGGGGUUUUCUGCAGUUUCCACGCCAACUGAGAGAUAUCCUAGUCUUGCUUGAACAAUAUUUAUCUAAUAGUUGCCAGACUGAAGGAUAAAUUCAUUUGUUAUUAUCUACUGUUCUCUCAUCUCCAACGUAAGAUUUGGGCCACUCAUGCUAAAGCCAUGUCCACAUAAAGGACACUUUGUGGGGAUUUUAUAUUUGUAUGCAUUCUUUCUUCCUGGGAAUUUCCCACAGAAAUGAAGCAUUUUAUAUUUACUAACUUCCUUAAAUGUAGGCAUCCAGACAAUAAGUUUAUAGGAAUAAUUAAUAUCAGGUCUACUUUUUGAUAUAGCCAAUCAUUUUCUUAGCUUAUAACUACUGUGCAAUACUUGAGUAGUUGUAACAAUUGCAAAAAAGAGGCUUUGAUGGUGCAUUUCAUGGUGCAUUCAUUUAGCUGCUGUGUUUGCCUUGAACUGUUGGGCAGUAGUGUCCCCAUCCCUUCUUGCCUUAGACAGAAUGAUCAAUUUCCCAGGCCCAGGUGACUAGACUGGGCAAUCCAAAAUGCAGCUAAAGUCACUGCACUGUUACAACUCAGUGGUGGCAAUUGUAUUCAUCACCAUGCACUAAAAACUAUAGCAAGUCUCUGGUGCCACGUGUUGUCAUGACAUCCAUCCUCAGCCUAGAAGAGGCCUACACAACCUGUGGCUCGCCAGGUGUUUUAGACAUCAGCUCCCAAAAUUUCUGACCACUGGACAAGCUGGCUAGGGUUUCUGGGAGUUGAAGUAUCAAACAGCUGGAGGGCCACAGGUUGUGCAGGCCUGGCCUAAAGCUUGGUAAGACCCAGUGUGGAGGGUCUUCUGCCUUCCUGAAGCAACAGGAGGCAAAUGAAGGGAUGAGGUGGCUGUGAUUUUGAUGGGGUGGCUGGGCCAAUACAGCAACAAUGGGCUCUGGAGAGAAGGGCUUAAAACAGGGCCACUAAAUCUACAUGUUGUCAGUCUGUGCCUCAGUGUGACCAUGGAAAGACAAUAGUGGAGUGAUAAAACUGGUGUAACCAUUGUUCAGGUGUCAGCAGUCCAGACUCUUAAUACGGCAAACAGUUUCUCAGAUGUACUCUCACUUAAACAUCCAGGCUCUCAACAUGUGACAUUAAUGAAGCCUAAAAAACAGAAUGAGAUAGAAUUUGAAAGUGGUGAGAUGAAAAAUUCCAAUGUAUCUGCAAGAAAGGAGAUAUGGCUGAUUGAGCAUUUGUCUCUGAAAUUUGUGUCCUCUGUUUUUCUAGCUUUGUAAGGAUUUUUUUUGUUUAGGUCUUGCAAAACCAUCUGCUUCUCCAGUUGAGAGUUAGGCUGUUUUAUAAUUUCCUGGAACAUUUGAACAAAAGUAGAUUGCUUGCAUCAGGACUGGCUUCCUAAAAGGUCAGCAACUAACAGAAAUGUACAGAGGGAAAUGCUAACUUGUGUUAUGCAUUUUGGAGGGGGGUUUGUGAGUGCUGCAGUAACUUGGGCCAGGAAGAUUAUGUUGACUGCCUGUUAUAAAUCUCCUUGAGUACAACUUCGGGCUGACUUCAGGGCACAUCCCGUUUGUCUCAUUGCUACUAUUCUUCCCCAUAAUUAUAUUGCCGUGGCUCUUGGAAUGAGAUGACAGCACAAUCUUGCUAUAAGAGAUUCAAAUGUAUAUGGUGGGAAGAUGUCCCUUGAGUCCUCACGCAAGACUUUUGCAAGAAUUGAACCCCUUAGUAGUUCCUCCAUCCUUCAGAUUUUGUAUCUGCUGUUGUAUAUAGUUGCUCCAUUCCACUUCUAUUCUUCUCAUGCUCCCCCUGCUGUUUAAUAAUAGCCUAUGUGUAAGUGCCUUAUGGACUAGUUUCUGUUCCAUCUGUGUCAUGGAAAAGAUGGUUUGGAUUUUUUUUAAAGUUCUAUUUAUUGCCAUUCCUUUUUUUUUUCAGUUGCCUAGAACACUAAGCCUCAAUGCAUGGAAUCUUUUUAAUAAUGAUAUAACAUUUUUUAAAAAUCUUUCUCUCUACAUUUGUGGUGGAGGAAAAGUCCAUGAAGCAGCAUAAGUUCAUGUUAUUUUAAAGUUUAAUCUAGCUUUUAAAUGGCUUCUGUUAUAUACAGUUUUAUUUUUUUAAGCCUGUCUGUUUGUAAAACAAGAUUCCUUGUUUUGUGGCUUUUAAAAAGUGAAAUAUUCCUUCAGGUGUCUUUUCGACCUUUUUGGAGACUGAAACUGUUGCUGUGAGGUCGUUCCCCCCCCCCCCACCUUUUUACACCUGUUUUCCUUGGUAAGUGAUGAACUUGCAGAGUUAGAAAACACCACUGAUGCACAGUGCCUGUAAGUCAAAUAUCUCAAAAUAAAAGCAUAUGAGAUGGUU